AUGGCGGACGUCUCUGAGGAAUCAACACCAGGAUUGCAGCUUGAGACUACUCAAGAGAGUAUAUCCAACCCGGAGAACGGAAAAAGACCGAGAACGGAAGAUUCUGAAAGUAAGAUCCUGGAGUCGAAUCCUAAAAAGACGAAAACUGGCGAGAACCUGAAAGAAGCAAGUAAUCGAGAUGUAGAGUCUGAAAGCACUAAUAAAGAUCAGAAAAGCUCCAGUGAAGUGGACAAAUCUGACAACGAUAACUCUACUGCAAAGGCUCCUCAAAAGAGCCACGCAAAUCGAGAGGAAUGUCGCGAUGAGAGCACUGAAAGCAAAGAGAAACUUGUAGACGCUAAACCAAAAUUCGUUUUCGGACAAUCAUCGCCGUUCGCUGCGGGCUUUGGGGAAGGUACAUCCGGCCUUGCGUCUGCAGAUAAAACAGAGAAUAAAACCUCAACACCAAGGGAAAAUUCAGGGCCCCUGGGAGUCAAGAAGGCGGCCUUUGGGUCCGGCUUCGCCUUUGGGGCAGGUUUCGGAGCUUUGAACUCUUCCAAGCCAACAAGUAGUGAUAAGGUACCUAAGGAAGGAGAACAAAAGUCUAGCACCGAGGAGGAAGACGCUUCUGAGAAACAAGAAUCUAGCGCAAAGGCCACCAAUGGCAGCGAUGGAAUUGUCACAUUAACAAAGCAAAAUGUCGACUCAGGUGAAGAAGAUGAGGAUGCAUUGUACCAGGCCAACGCAAAACUUUAUCAAUUCGAAGGCGCAAAGGAGGGUUGGAAAGAAAGAGGCGUUGGGGUAAUGAGCAUCAACAAAAAUCGCAAAACAGGGAAAACUCGGAUUGUUAUGAGAUCAAGAGCCCUGUUGAAGGUCAUACUCAACAUAUCUUUGGUUAAAGGAACUACAGUUCUAAAAGGUUUUCCGGCCUCUCUUCACGGCGACAAAUUCAUUCGUAUCCUCUCAGUGGACGAACAAAAACAUCCUUUGCAAUACGCUGUUAGAGUGAGCAAAGCCGAGGUUGCCAUUGAACUACAUGACAAUAUAAAAGAGCAGCUUCCAUGA